AUGAAGCUGAAGCAGCGAGUUGUGCUGUUGGCCAUCCUCCUUGUCAUCUUCAUUUUCACUAAAGUUUUCCUCAUUGACAACUUGGACACCUCAGCUGCCAACCGGGAGGACCAACGCGCCUUUCACCGUAUGAUGGCAAGCCUCCACGUAGAACUGGACCCCCGACUUGACCAUACGUUGCAGUCCCCUUGGGAAAUUGCAGCCCAAUGGGUGGUGCCCCGGGAGGUGUAUCCCGAGGAGACGCCUGAGCUAGGGGCUGUUAUGCAUGCCAUGACAACCAAGAAAAUAAUAAAAGCUGAUGUGGGAUACAAAGGGACCCAACUGAAAGCUUUGCUAAUACUUGAAGGAGGACAGAAGGUUGUCUUCAAACCCAAGAGAUAUGCCAGGGAUUAUGUCGUGGAAGGAGAACCGUACGCUGGCUAUGACAGACACAACGCAGAAGUGGCAGCCUUUCACUUGGAUAGAAUUCUGGGUUUCCGACGAGCUCCACUGGUGGUUGGCAGGUUUGUGAAUCUACGUACAGAGAUCAAACCGGUUGCCACAGAGCAGCUUCUGGGUACCUUCAUGACUGUGGGUAAUAACACUUGCUUCUAUGGGAAGUGCUACUAUUGUCGGGAAACAGAACCAGCUUGUGCAGACGGGGACAUCAUGGAGGGGUCAGUGACUCUGUGGCUACCAGAUGUCUGGCCUCUUCAGAAACAUCGGCACCCGUGGGGCAGGACUUACCGUGAAGGCAAACUUGCCAGGUGGGAGUAUGAUGAAAGCUAUUGCGAUGCUGUGAAGAAGACUUCACCAUAUGACUCGGGCCCUCGUCUCCUUGAUAUCAUUGACACCGCCAUCUUUGACUAUUUGAUUGGGAAUGCUGACAGGCAUCACUAUGAGAGUUUCCAGGAUGAUGAAGGAGCCAGUAUGCUCAUCCUCCUGGAUAAUGCCAAAAGCUUUGGAAACCCUGCCCUGGAUGAAAGAAGCAUCUUGGCUCCUCUUUAUCAGUGCUGCAUCAUUCGGGUUUCUACCUGGAACAGACUCAAUUAUCUGAAGAAUGGAGUACUGAAGUCUGCCUUAAAAACUGCUAUGUCGCAUGACCCCAUCUCACCAGUGCUUUCUGACCCUCAUCUGGAUGCCCUAGACCAGCGGCUUCUCAGCAUUCUGGCUACAGUGAAGCAGUGCACAGACCAGUUUGGGCCAGAUGUUGUGCUGGUGGAAGACAGGAUGACACUGUCUCAUUUGUAAUUGUAGUGGAACACAGAGGAAACUCCUUUUUUUAAAAACAAACAAAAAAAGCGAUAGAAAAACAGCACAAUCAGUUCGGAAAGGCUGUGGCCAAGAUGGACUGAAAUGAACAGGAAAGCUUCCGAGCCGGAGAAACAGAGGUGACGCUGGCUUUUACCUUGGGCUGACAGCAGUGAGGUGGGAAGUCAGAGCUUCGGAUGGCUCAGUACCCGUAAUGGCAGCUUGGCCGUUGUGGUGUGUCCAUUGCCGGCAGUGGACAUUGCACUGGAUAAAAAUGGCUCUUGGUGUUGGUGGAAGCGUGUGGAAUACAGACACUAAUUUGUGGACUGAAUCUAGAGGGGACAAAUGGAGAUGAACGAUACGGUCCUCUCCCCUUCUCUUCCCCACGUAUACUCUUGAGAGUUUUUUGUCUGAUUCAGGGUUGUACAUAAUCAGCUGUGAGCUGGUUAGGCAUUUUACUGCUUCUUUAGAGAAAGAGGAAGUGGUGAAUAAAAUAAUUAUUAGACUGAAGAGUUG